CUCCCCCCAUCCAUAUAUCCCCUAUUUCCUCUGUCUCUUUCUCUCUUCAUACUUACAUAUAUAUAUAUAUAUAGACAUAUAUAGCUCCCCUUUUUCUCUCUGGAUUUCUUUUUUAAUCAACUCAUCCAUCUCAUAAUCUCUCUUCCCCUCUGUGGAAAAUCAGAACAAGAAACCAAACCUCCAGAGAGAAAGGAGAAAGAAACAAAGCUAUAGAUAAGUAGACUUUGGGAGGAAGCUGGGGAAGGAGAGAGAGAGAGAGACAAAAGUCCCAGAGCCAAAGGAAUACUUAUAUAUUCUAUAUAUAUAUACAUAUAUAUACAAAAUUUGCCUUUUUUUACUUCUCUUGUUCUAUCUGUCUUCAAAUGUCAAAUAUCAGUAGUGGUGGUGGUGGUGGUGGUGAAGUUGGGAGCUUCUCUUCAUCAGGGAACAAUACCCCAGCUCACAACAACAACAAGAAGAACUCUUUGUUGCUUUCAGCUUCUUCAACUGUCAGCAAUGGCUCCACAGUCAAUCCUCCUCCUCCCACCUCAGUCAACAAGAAGAAGAGAAACCUCCCAGGAACCCCAGAUCCAAAUGCUGAAGUUAUCGCACUAUCCCCGACCACCCUCAUGGCUACAAACCGAUUCGUGUGCGAGAUCUGCAACAAAGGCUUCCAGAGAGACCAGAACCUCCAGCUUCACAGACGAGGCCACAACCUACCGUGGAAGUUGAAGCAGAGAUCAAGCACCGAGGUCCGGAAGAGAGUGUAUGUGUGCCCUGAGCAGACGUGCGUGCACCAUAACCCUGCACGAGCACUGGGCGACCUUACGGGUAUAAAGAAGCACUUCAGCAGGAAACACGGCGAGAAGAAGUGGAAGUGCGAGAGGUGCUCGAAGAAGUAUGCGGUGCAGUCGGACUGGAAAGCUCAUUCCAAAACGUGCGGCACGAGGGAGUACAAAUGCGACUGUGGAACCAUCUUCUCCAGAAGGGACAGUUUCAUUACGCACAGAGCUUUCUGCGACGCUUUGACCGAAGAAAACAGUAAAGUCAACCAUCAAGGACUCCCUCCGAAGCUCACCGCACCAAAUGCAACAGCCCAAGUUCAUCCCGAGCUCUCUUCUUCUUCACUUCCCUUGCACAACCCCAACCCAUCUUCUACGGUGCCCGAAUUCCUCGACCACUCGGACACCAAAACUCAUUUACCGAACUUCCAGAAUGGAGGUUUCAAGCUCAAUGGUAACGCCUACCCAACAAAGGCCUCGAACGGUGUGUUCUCGAUCGGGAGUCUCCUCGGCUCUUCAGCUGCGAGCUUCACCAAUGUCGGGAAUGGCAGCAACAACCAACUGCUUGGUUCGGCUCAUAUGUCUGCCACCGCAUUGCUUCAAAAAGCAGCCCAGAUGGGUGCAACUGCAAGUUUGAAUUCUCCACUAAUGCAGCCAAACUACGGUACGAAGAUGACAUCAUCAAUGUCAUCAUCUAUGGAAGAAAUUCAACAACUCAGUGGUCCAUACAAUCAUCACAUCCAAGCUGACCAGAAUGGCCAGUCCCACGUGACCUGCAGGCCAGUCGACGGAGGGUAUGAUGAUCGGUUCAUGCAAAAGGACGAUCGACAACAGGAGAUCUCGUCGCAUUUUUUGGACGUAAGCAAUGGCGGUGAGGAGGCAUCCGGCCUGGUGAGCAAUAUGGGGAUGUUCAACAGAUUAUUGUUUGAUCAGAACGGUCUACUGCCAAAGAAUGUGGAGCAUGAGGAUGACCAUAUGGGAUUAUUCAUCGGGAGUGGCCGAGAGACGAUGACUGUCGAUUUCUUGGGGAUCGGAGGGACGGGAUCACCGAGGAAUUUGCAGGAGCAUCAGAAAGAAAUUUUGCAGCUGAAAGGGUUUCAUAAUCAACAGAGGAUGGUAGGAUUGAGUCAGUUACAUCAGCAACAAAAUGCCAUAGUGGAAAAAUCUAUGUGGGAGGCUUAGAAUGUUAAAAUUUUUACUAUUCGGUGAAUAAGCACUUCGGUCUAUCUAUUGCUGCUAUAAAGGAGAGACCCUUUGAUUUUCCGUUCUCUAUCCUAAAUUGUUCAUAUAUAUAUAAUUUAUUUUUCUAA